AUGUCGUCUAUUUCCAUUGCAACACUACCGCGCAUGAGCCGCGACGCUCUAUCCGCACUCCUUCUCUCCGGCACUACAUCCGGCAAACUAGCUGUUAUCGAUGUUCGGGACUCAGAUCACAUUGGCGGACACAUUAAGUCUUCAACUUGGGUCCCUACUUCCAGCCUUGACGUCCGCCUGCCAGAGCUUCUCCGCACCCUGAAGGACGUGGAGAAGGUUGUCUUCCACUGCGCCCUCAGCCAGCAGCGCGGUCCGUCCGCGGCCCUGCGCUAUGCUCGUGAGCGCGAGCGUACUUUGGGCGAGGAAGAGAGCAAGAAGCAGGAAGUUUAUGUUUUGGAAGGCGGUUUCGUGCAGUGGCAGGAGAAGUAUGGUAACGAUGAGCGGCUGACGGAGGCUUAUGUUGCGGAUAUUUGGCGCGAGUACUGA